AUGUUUAAUCGAUAUGGAAUGUGCUAUAAACGACCAAGUUUACCGUCACCUUUUGUUAUUAUUUCUUAUAUUGAUCAAAUUAUUCUAUUAUAUCUUUAUGCUUGGUCAAUUGUUAAUAAACUACAAUGUCUAAAAACUACUCAAACAGUUGCUUUAUUACAUUUUAUUCAUAGUCAAGACAAAAGACUUCUUCAACAAACUGGAUCAGAUGAAGGAAAAACUCUUAUUUCAAGAUUAACUACUGCAUUUCUGGCACUAUAUGGAUAUGCUAUUGAUAUUGUUUCUAGUAAACGAGAUUCAGUUAUGCAUGGAGAACAAACAUCUCGUUCACUUUUCCAAUUAUUAAAACUUGAGAGUGGUGAUGAUGAUGAUGUUAAUUAUCAAUUGUACAGACAAAAAUUGAAUGGAUCUAAAAGUAGUAUCGUUUAUAGAGAAAUCGGAGCAUUUCAAAGAGAUAUUUUCGAAGUUGAAUUUUAA